AUGUCCUACGAUCCAUUGCCUGCGCGGUCCUUCGCCCCAUCUCGGCCCCGUCCCUCUACCUCUUCUUCCCCAGCUGAAAUGGAACCUCUCGACUCCCACUUCGACGCCAGCCCGCCCGGCACCCCUCGCAAUCCCUUCAUGGGCCGCGCCCUCGUAGACGACCCCGCCGCCUCCCGGCCCUCCUUCUCCGGCUCAAACAACUCUGGUCCGUCCUCCCAUGCUGCCACCGCCGACGAGUACCAGUCGUCCCUCCGUGCACUCAACUUCAACGGCGGCGGAGGCGGCGGUGUUGCUCUCAAUGAGCCCGGCUUCUACGGCCUCAAUUAUUAUCGCGACUACCCCGCGUCCGGCGACCUCAACGCCUCCGAGCAGACCCUCGGCUCCGCCGUGCCCAAGCUGCACAACUCUCCCGGCAGCAACGCCAGCCCGUACCUCAGCGAAAAGCGCGCCGCCGGGUACGCGUCUCCUCGCACGCGUUCCCGCCGGCGCGCAAUCCUCAUCGUCGGCGGUAUUGCGCUCGCCAUCGUCAUAAUCGUAGUCACCUGUGCCGUCUACUUCUCCGUCAAGUCGCACCGCGACGCCGACGCGUCCUCCGACCUUGCCAGCGGCAGCUCUGGCUCAUCGUCCGCGUCACCGACGGGGGCCUCCGCUAGCGGCAGCACCAGCAACGCGAUUGUCACCGGUGGCGACGGAAGCACGGUCACCAUGGCGGACGGUACCACGUUCACCUACACGAACACAUUCGGCGGGUACUGGUACUAUGACCCAAGCGACCCGUUGAAGAACUGGGCACGCGCCCAGAGCUACACUCCUGCCCUGAACGAGACGUUCCAGUACGGCACGGAGUCUAUUCGAGGUGUGAACCUCGGUGGCUGGCUCGUGACGGAGCCAUUCAUCUCACCGUCGCUGUUCGAGCCAUACGCGAACACGUCUUUCCCGGCCGUAGACGAGUGGACGCUGAGCGAGAACCUUGGCAACGACACGUCGGCUGGGGGGCUGGCGGGCGUGCUCACGCAGCACUACGAGACGUUCGUGACAGAGCAGGACUUUGCCGAGAUCGCAGGCGCGGGACUGAACUUUGUGCGCAUACCGCUGCCUUACUGGGCGAUCGAGACAUGGGAAGGCGAGCCGUUCCUGCCCAAAGUGGCCUGGACGUACUUCCUCAAGGCGAUCGAGUGGGCGCGUAAGUACGGACUGCGGAUCAAUCUCGACUUCCACUGCCUGCCGGGCAGUCAGAACGGGUGGAACCACUCGGGCAAGCUCGGCUCGAUCAACGUGCUCAAUGGCCCCAUGGGUCUCGCGAACGCGCAGCGCAGCUUGAGCUACAUUCGCAUCAUCGCAGAGUUCAUCAGCCAGCCCGAGUAUGCGCCUGUCGUGCCGCUGUUUUCGAUCACGAACGAGCCUGUGGGGUCAACGAUCGGCCAGCCGAACCUUGAGACAUACUAUGUACAGGCAUACGAUCUCGUGCGGCUCGCAAGCGGGAUCGGCGAGGGCAAGGGGCCGUACGUCGUGUACCACAAUGGUUUCUUUGACCUCAACCUCUGGGCGGGCUUCCUCACGGGUGCAGACCGCAUGGGGUUGGACAUUCACCCGUACGUGUGCUUCGACGGGCAGUCGGCCGCCCCGUACUCGGAGCGGCUGACCGUGCCAUGCGACACAUGGGCCGCGGCGCAGAACGCGAGCAUGAGUGCGUUCGGGCUUACUGUCGCCGGCGAGUUCAGCAACGCGAUCAACGACUGCGGGCUCUGGGUGAACGGCGUCGGCGACGGCACGCGCUAUGAGGGCACAGGCUCGUACACGAGCUACCCGCACAUCGGGAGCUGCGACCCGUGGACGGACUGGCAGAGCUGGAACGCGACUUUCAAGGAAAGCAUCGAGGACUGGGCGCUCGCGAGCAUGAGCGCGUUGCAGAACUGGUUCUUCUGGACAUGGAAGAUCGGUAAUUCCUCCGUGACAGGGACCGUCGAAUCGCCGCAAUGGUCGUACCAACUUGGCCUACAAAACGGCUGGAUGCCCGCAGACCCGCGCCAGGCCGACGGCGUGUGCCAGCCUACGGCGACGUGGGCCGGCCCGCUGUCUGCGUGGCAGACGGGUGGUGCGGGCGCGGGCGCGCUCCCGAGCACGCUAUCGGAGCAGUACCCCUGGCCGCCUGCGUCUAUCAGCAAUCCCGGCUUCUCGGCGAGCGCGGCGUCACUGCUGCCGACGUACACGCCGACGGGGGGCGUCGCGACGCUGGCUGCGCCGACGUUCACCGCGAGUGGGGGCAAGACCGUGAGCGCGAGCGUGGGGAACGGGUGGGAGAACCCGUCGGACACGGCGGGCCAAUAUACCGCGGUGGCGACGUGCAACUACCUGUUCCCGUGGAUCGGGCCGACAAACCCGCCUGCGCCGCUGUGCUCGGGCGGGAAUGCGCGGCGCGAGGCGGCGCCUGUGCCCGUCCCCAUGCCCAUGCCAACACCCCCGCCGUCAUAGCGCGCCGUGCGCGGGUGUAAAUGAUGAUGAUGAUGAUGAUGCCUUGGACUUUUUCGACGGACCUAGACUGUAACGAUAUAUGCAUGCCGUACCACGAGUGACGCAGAUACACAUACAGCACAUACCGUACCGAUGCGUACGACGCAGGAUCGCGUGCGCAUCUUGCGCCGGUCUACUCUACUAGCUACACACCUACUGGUGUUCUGCCGUCCCUGUAUUCUUCUUUCUUUUUCUUUCUUCUUCGUACGCUCAUCGUAGCCUCCUUAUAUUUCGCUUCGAGGUCCUCCCCCACGGAUACUUUUGCAGACCUUUGGUGUCGUGCACACCUCGGACUAUCCACGGCCCUGAAUCCGUCGUCGUAUCCUACCCCUGUGUAUGUCAUAGAAAUACAGUACCGUCCGCGCUC